GGUACCUUCGCGACCGAGCCUUGUCUGUCCGCCGAUUCGCGCUUGCUACGCUCCGUACCACUCGCAUCAAACGCCGUACCACUUCGCGAUCUUUUUUUCUUUUGUCACAUUACGUAAGUUAGAGAGAGAUAGUGCGGUCGAGGAUCAUUCGCGCGGCGGUUUCCAAACGAGAGAGAGAGAGCGAAGAUGCGCUCUUGCGGCGUGGCGUUGGCGGCGAUCGUCCUGCUGGCUGCUGGGAACGCUUACGCCCAGCAACAGAAUGAAGAAACUGCUCCAAAGAAAGAAGAGAGCUUCGAGGCGGAACUUUGUAAAGACAAAGACGCGGGUGAAUGGUUCCGGUUAGUUACCGGGGAAGGAGACAAUUGCAGAGACGUCAUCCAGUGCACGUCAUCGGGUCUGCAAGCCAUCAGGUGUCCAGCAGGUCUCUACUUCGACAUCGAGAAGCAGACCUGUGAUUGGAAAGACUCAGUGAAAAACUGCAAACUGAAAAACAAAGAGCGCAAAGUGAAACCCAUGCUGUUCACCGACAAACCAGUGUGUUCUGAAGGUGAACUGGCAUGCGGUGACACGCAAUGCAUAGAAAGAGGGCUCUUCUGUAACGGAGAGAAAGACUGCGCUGAUGGAUCCGAUGAAACUACAUGUGACAUCGACAGCGAUCCAAACUCAGCUCCGCCAUGUGAUCCAGCUGUCUGUGUUCUGCCAGACUGUUUCUGCUCUGAGGACGGAACCCAAGUACCCGGAGAUCUGCCACCCAAGGAGGUACCCCAGAUGAUCACCAUCACCUUUGACGAUGCCAUCAACAAUAACAACAUCGGUCUGUACAAGGAGAUCUUCAACGGCAAGAGGAAAAACCCCAACGGAUGUGAUAUCAAAGCCACGUACUUUGUUAGUCACAAGUAUACCAACUACUCUGCUGUUCAGGAGAUGCACAGGAAGGGACACGAGAUUGCAGUUCACUCCAUAUCCCACAACGAUGACGAAAACUUCUGGUCAAACGCCAGCGUGAACGACUGGGUCAAAGAGAUGGGUGGUAUGAGGAUCAUCACCGAGAAGUACGCCAACAUCACCGAUAACAGCGUAGUGGGAGUUCGAGCACCCUACCUGAGAGUAGGAGGCAACAACCAGUUCACCAUGAUGGAGGAAGAAGCCUUCCUGUACGAUUCUACAAUCACUGCGCCUUUGAACAACCCACCGCUGUGGCCUUACACCAUGUACUUCAGAAUGCCGCACAGGUGUCACGGUAAUUUGCAAAAGUGCCCAACAAGAUCUCAUGCAGUUUGGGAGAUGGUCUUAAAUGAACUGGAUAGAAGAGAAGAUCCGAAUAGCGAUGAAUAUCUUCCUGGAUGUGCCAUGGUGGACUCGUGUUCAAAUAUAUUGACAGGAGAUCAGUUCUACAACUUCCUGAAUCACAACUUCGACAGGCAUUACGAAGAAAACAGGGCGCCAUUAGGCUUGUACUUCCACGCCGCCUGGCUGAAGAACAACCCCGAGUUCCUGGACGCUUUCCUCUACUGGAUCGAUGAGAUCCUCUCCAACCACAACGACGUCUACUUCGUCACCAUGACGCAGGUGAUCCAGUGGAUCCAGAACCCACGUACCGUCACCGAAGUCAAGAACUUCGAGCCAUGGAGGGAAAAGUGUGUCGUGGAAGGCGUCCAAGCCUGUUGGGUACCUCACUCGUGCAAGUUGACCUCGCCUGAGGUCCCCGGAGAGACCAUCAACCUACAGACGUGCGUACGUUGCCCCAACAACUAUCCUUGGUUGAGCGAUCCGACGGGAGAUGGCAUCUUCUAGUGAAUUGCGCGAUUGCAGCGGAGGUGCGGGGCAGGACUGUUUGAAAAAGGGAUGCUGUGGAACAGGUAUGAGUUGAUCGAAGUGGUCAGGUGGGGUUUAUUCUAAGCAGGAGGUGAGAUCGAGCAAAAGCAGUACCUCUCUCCUGAAUAGUCGCAUACUAUAUUUGACACGUGCUCAGAAAUUGUAGGAGGCCUAUAUUAAUAGUUAACCUUGAUCACGACUUUCAAGGCCAUUUCGAGUUUACCUCCCUUUUCCAAAUAUAGCAUGGAUGUGAAAUGAACUUGAAAUUUUGUUUUGAGUUUGACCUCUUAAGCGCAUUUGAAAAAACAGUGAUCAAACAAUAAAUUAUAACACUUGAAUUGUCAUGGAAAAAAUCCACAAGCUGAGUAGUAUUUGCCUACGAACCUUGAUUUAACCGUCAAGACGUUUUCAAGGUCAGUUCGAUUUCGUCACGUGUAAAAACAUUUCUUCAUGUUAUUCCAAAUGAUGGCAAACCUUGCCUCUUGGAUACAACCUUGAAAGUUUCUCAGUUUAAAUUUUCAAGGUUGUUUGAUGGUCAAUCUGACGCUUUUAUUUCAGAAUAGCUUCAAACAAUUGAAUGGCAAUAAAUAAUGACAAAACCUGAUCUUGCACAAUUCAUUAUUCUGUCAAAUUAGUCAGUUCGUACCAGUUCCACAGAAACAGUGUCUGCUCCGUGACAGCAUCUCUAAUAUAGUGUCGUUACUAGUGAUCUUACGUUUAACAAUUAUUUUUGUAUUUAUUUGCGCAGAGACUGUAACUUAAGUGAUCUUCUUUAAUUGUUGAUUAUUAUUUUUGUAACAAGGACUGUUGGCAAGGCCGUAGUUGUGACAAAAUCUUUAAUACAUCGAUGAAAAUCUAUGACUACAAACCAAAUUCUCAAAUGUGAGUACGAUUUAGUUUUGUUAUGCUUUACACACCAUGGUGGAAGAGAAUUAUUGUUGUUCUACGUUAUCAAGUUCCGUUUAAUAUUUUUUUAAGUAUUUUUCUAAUAUUUUCUAAAUUCCUGUAGCGUUAUUUUUAUGAGAUUGGCUAUGCAGGCUACAGAAAUCAGAAUUUCGUCGAUGUGUUUUUUUGAUUUUUAUGAUAAACCAAACGGUACUUCGCGUUGCUAAGAAUGUGAACCUCACGACAUUAUUGUAAUAUACACUCCUAUUAGGUUUACAUGAUAUUGGAUAUUAUAUGUUUUUGUAAAAAAUUGAAUAAAAUUUAGAUAAACCUACCAAA